GAGACCGAGCAUAGCCCAGCACAGCCUCUGUCUCCGUCGCAGUUGUAGGCGUCGGCGUCGGCGUCGGAGUCGGAGUCGGAGUUGUUGGCGGAGGGAGUGAGACUCAGAGAGAACCCAAGCAAGUGAAUUUGAAUGGCUUGUGAGUGUCUGAAUAAAAAUUUUCAGAUCCUGUUCGUCCUUGUUUUUGUUUUUGUAUUUGUAUUGUCGUCGAUUGGCCGGCGCUGCAUCUCCGACGAGUUGGGAUGCGUCGUUCACCGUCGUGCAUAUCCAUCUGUGUUCCUGGUUCUUAUCCACAGUCCAUCUGAGAUUCCAUUCGUUCGGUCAGUCCGUCAGUUAUUGCCGAUUGUGAUUAAUGUUCUGAAUUUCAACGAUAGCCUCCCUCAAUGGAUAUUCUGUUCGCUCAGAUUCAGGCGGACCUCCGAUCCAACGAUGCGCUCCGUCAGUCCAAUGCCUUGCUCCAGGCUCUGCAGCAGUCCGCCGCCGGGCGAGAUAUAUCCGUCAUCGCAAAGACCGCGGUUGAAGAGAUCGUCGCUUCUCCAGCUUCUGCAGUCUCCAAAAAACUCGCGUUCGAUGUCAUUCGAUCAUCGCGUCUAACUGCCGAUUCAUGGGAUACUGUAUGCCUGGGCAUUCGAAAUGAUUUCGAUUUCCCCGACCCCGACGUCACUGCCGCCGCCAUCUCAAUCCUCGCCGCCCUUCCCUCCCAUCGCCUUGCCAAACUUAUUAACGACUGCCAUGAAGACAUCACCUCCUGCUUUGAUUCGCCUAGCGACAAUCUCCGUUUUUCGAUCACUGAAACUCUAGGCUGCAUUCUGGCGCGCGAUGAUCUCGUGACAUUGUGUGAGAACAAUGUUAGGCUGCUCGAUCGUGUUUCCAAUUGGUGGAAUCGGAUUGCCAAUAAUAUGCUUGAUAGAGCUGAUAAUGUUUCGAAGGUCGCUUUUGAAUCCAUCGGUAAACUGUUUCAAGAAUUUGAAACUAAGAAAAUGAGUCGACUUGCUGGAGACAAGUUAGUAGAUACAGAACACUCUGUUGCAAUUCGAUCAAAAUGGGUUUCAUCUAUGGUCGAUUUAGUGUGGGAUAAGAGAAGUGCUUUGAUGUCACGGUCAUUAAUUCUACCAGUAGAGAUUUUCAGAACUACCAUUUCCCCCUUGGUUUAUGCUGUAAAGGCAGUAGCUACAAGGUCAGUAGAGGCAAUCAAGAUGUUGUCACGGUCACUAAACGAUCAUGGAAUGACUUCAGAUUCCGAAAAUGCUGACAAAUUUAUUGGAGUAUCUGAUGUGGUAUCACAUUUGGCACCAUAUUUGGCAUCGUCUUUGGAUCCUUCUUUGAUAUUUGAGGUGGCUUUAAAUAUGUUAUACUUGGCUGAUGUUCCUGGAGGGAAACCUGAGUUGGCGUCGGCAUCAAUUAUUGCCAUUCUUACACUCUGGGACAGACAGGAGUAUUCCUCUGGGCGUGAGAGCAUAGUUCGAGCUGUUGUUACUAAUUUGCAUCUCCUUAACCUAAGCAUGCAGGUUUCAUUGUUUAAUAAACUGCUUAAUAUGGUGAGGAACCUGAGAGCUGAAUCAGAUCGAAUGUAUGCUUUGGCAUGCAUCUGUCGAACUGCUCUAUGUGUUGAUCUCUUUGCAAAGGAGAGCGUCCGUCGCGGUCAAAAGCCACUUGCUGGAACACAUGUUACUUCACUAUUUGAAGAUGCAAGAAUAAAGGAUGAUCUCAACAGCAUUACAAGUAAGGACUUGUUCAGAGAAGAAUUAGUGGCCAUGCUUGUGGAAAGCUGCUUCCAGUUGGCCUUGCCCUUGCCUGAACAAAAUAAUUCAGGCAUGGAGAGCAGGGUGAUUGGAGCUUUAGCUUACGGAACUGGGUAUGGUGCUCUGAAUUGGACAGAGCCAGCUUUGGAAGUGGUGGAAGUGUGUAGGCCAUGUGUCAAAUGGGAUUGUGAGGGUCGCACAUAUGCUAUUGAUUGCUACCUAAAGUUGCUUGUUAGGCUCUGUUGCAUCUAUGAUACCCGAGGUGGGGUCAAAAGAGUCAAAGAUGGAGCUUCUCAAGAUCAGAUAUUAAACGAAACACGGUUGCAGAAUUUGCAGCGAGAACUUGUUAGGGAUCUUCUUGAGGUCAACACCCCUAGAAUCAGUGCUCGGUUUCUCUGGGCUAUUUCAGAACACAUUGAUUUGCAGGGCUUGGACCCUCUUCUCGCAGAUGACCCUGAGGACCCAUUGAACAUUAUCACAUCAAUUAUUCACAAUGUUUUGUUCAACAUAGAUUCAUCUGCGAGUACAACUAAUCAGGUUCAAGAUGUGCAAGCAGUACUGCAAUGUGCACAGCGUUUGGGAUCACGAAGUGCUAGGGCAGGGCAAUUGCUGAUUAGAGAGCUUGAAGAAUUUAGGAGCAACCCCUCUUCAAAUUCGGUUAAUAAGCAUCAGUGCCGAUUAAUACUUCAGAGAAUUAAAUAUGUUUCAAAUCAUUCGGAUGAUAAAUGGGCUGGUGUUAGUGAAGCUAGUGGAGAUUAUCCAUUUAGCCACCACAAACUAACUGUUCAGUACUAUGAUGCAUCUGCAAUGCAAGACCGAAAACUUGCAGGAUUUGUUCAUAAGGCUAUUUUAGAACUCUGGAGACCAAAUCCUCAUGAAUUAACUCAAUUGUUGACAAAGGGGAUAGACUCAAGUUUAAUAAAAGUUCCUCCUAGUUCACUUACAUUAUCUGGUAGUAGUGAUCCUUGCUUUAUUGAAGGGUAUCAUCUGUCAGAUCCCAAUGAUGGAAGGAUUACUCUACAUUUGAAGGUCCUGAAUCUUACAGAGAUUGAAUUGAACCGUGUAGACAUACGAGUUGGAGUCACUGGUGGUUUGUACUUCAUGGAUGGGUCUCCUCAAGCAUUGAGACAAUUGCGUGGCCUUGGUUCACAGGAACCAAUGUUCUGCAGCGUAACUGUUGGUGUCUCUAAGUUCGAGCUAUGCGCCUUCUGGGUCCAAGUCCUAUAUUAUCCAUUUCACGGCAGUGAUGCUCAGGCAGAUUAUGAAGAUGACUAUUUCGAGGAAGAACAAGUUAUGAGACAAAAAAGGAGUCGUAGGCCUGCAAUUGGAGAGCCUGCAAUAUUGAGAUGUCAGCCAUACAAAAUUCCCCUCACCGAGCUUCUUUUGCCUCAUAGAAUUUCUCCUAUUGAAUAUUUCCGGCUAUGGCCUGGUUUACCAUUUGUUGUGGAGUCUACGGGCACAUAUAUAUAUGAAGGAAGUGGUAUUAAGGCCACUGCAGCCCAGCAGUAUGGGGAGUCUCCUUUCCUUAGUGGCUUGAAAUCUCUAUCUUCUAAGCCAUUCUUUAAAGUUUGCUCACAUGUUGUUCGGACAGUUGCUGGAUUUCAGCUGUGCUAUGCUGCUAAGACAUGGCAUCGAGGUUUUCUUGGCAUGAUGAUUUUUGGUUCCAGUGAAGUGAGCAGAAAUGUAGACUUGGGGGACGAAACCACCACCAUGAUGUGCAAAUUCAUCAUACGAGCUCAAGACGCAGCUAUCACCAAGGCCAUUGCUUCUGACUUGCAAGGUUGGAUGGAUGACCUCACUGAUGGAAGUGUUGAGUAUGUGCCUGAAGAGGAAGUCAAAGAGGCUGCAGCAGAAAGGCUCCGAAUUUCAAUGGAACGAUUGGCACUGUUAAAGGCUGCUCGACCUCGUCCAAAGUCCCCUGAUUCUCAUGACAAUGAACAAAAGGAAAAGGAAGAGGAACAAGAACAGGAACAUGACAAGGAUGAGGAUGAGGCUGAGGUUGAGAAGAAAGAUGACAAGGAAGGUGGAGAAGAUGGAAAAACAAAGGAAUCUUCGACACUGUUCGAAUUAACUGCAGAAGAAGUUGAACAUCGAGCGCUUCAAGCAGCUGUUUUACAGGAGUGGCACAUCCUCUGUAAAGACAGGAGGACGAAAGCCAAUUAAUCAAUUUUCCUCAGUUUGUUUGUAUAUGUGCCGGUUAAAUAAUAUCCAUCGAUUUUGUUUGGAAUUUUGGUCGAGAGGAAUAAUAUAGAGUUCCCCUUUCGCGCCAUCUCUGUCUUUUGAACUCUUUCAUAUGUAGUGCUUAAUGUAUUAUAUAUUCGGAGCUUUAACACUCUCUGGUGCAGAUGUCUCGGCUGUGUAAGUUCUGCAGCUGAAGCCAAGCAUGGUGUGGACAUUCUUGCAGCCGCGGCUUGAUGACAGGAUCCUAAGCUUAUAUGAUCUUGUAAUGUGAGUUAUUCUCUGCCUGUAUACUGUUUCUUUUUUAACAUGUUUACUUAUCUUACGGGACUUUUCUGAAUAUUUGAGAACACUUCCAUUGAAAUCCACUUUGCAUACCAAUUUAGAGUGCUAUAGAUUUGCAGUAAUGCAUCCCAUUCUUAAGAAAUGAUUGGUAUCUUUUGUCCAUUACUUUCAUUAAUUAGUUUGCAAAAAUUGAUCUGAUGCUCUUGCAUUAGUGUUCUUCUGUCAGGAAACAUGGUCCUGCACUAUUCUAUUCUUGGGAGCUCUGUCUGUUUUAUGAUCAUCCAUUUUUAUGGUUGCUUGCUUGUCAGUGCUUUAAUGGAUUCUCUGAAUUUGAUCUAAUGUUGGUGGAGAUAGAGGGGUCCAUUGGGUUAUGCUAGGAUGGGAUGGGGUGGGUGGGGUAUGGUAGGGUGGGGUUUGAUUAUGACUAUGAUGAGUACAACAUCUCUGCUCAGGACCUCCAUUGCCAUUCAACCUUUUGUUCAAAAUGCUUAGUUGUCUGUCUGUCAACUCACUCCUUCCCCCAUCCUUUAUGCAUCCGUAUAUAUAUACAAUAUGGACCGACCAAUCUCACUUCUUCUCUUCCCCGGCGCUGAUCUCUCUCUCUCUCCAGUUCUAUUCCGCCGCCGCCAGCGGUGGUCGCGAAGACACGCCGGCAACGCAGGGUUAUUAUGCCGCCGCAGGCGGUGGUCGUGAAGACGACGAUGGUACACGCACGCACGCCCGCCGGCAACGCAGUAUAGGAUCCCAUGCAUGCAUGGAUUGCCUUGGCCAGAUUAUUACACGGCCAAAAACACUACAAACCAAAAAGCCCUCACAACAGAACUUGCAAUGCAGUACUGUUCAAAUAUUUGCUGCAUGGGUUUAAUAAUUCCAUCGUGGUGACCAAUAAGAAGGCAACAGUUAAAUGCGCGUGUGUUGGCAAUAUCCCCUGAAGAUGCGUGGAGAAGAGCUAGCUAUCUAGCUACCGAAUACACAUAUAUAUACAGAGACAUGUAUGUAUAUAUAUACAUACACAUAUAUAUAUGUAUAUAUGGAGCGUAACUUUCAGCAUUAUCCACGCUAAGGUGUACACGCGUCCAUUUUCUAGAACAUUUCCAUGCAACACCCAUCAUUUGUUUAAUUCCUUAUAGUGUCUGCCUCGUCUCGUUUCGUGCGUGCUACUGCUGCUGGAAGGACACAUCGCCCUCCUCCCAUUGCCCCCUCCUUUUCACCUCCUCUCCGUAUUUAUUUCCGCCAAUGCCUCUCACCUAUUGACAUCUGUCCCUCUCCUUUACCUGCACUGCAAUAUCUUCCUAUUUCUAGCUAGAUCUCGCCCAGAUUUGUGUCUAAUUAUUUACCCCGAUGAUGAUCCAGAUGAUGUUUCCUGGUGGUGCUGGUGGCGGCGGCGGCGGCGGCGGCGGCGGUUGUGGUUGUUGAAUUAUGUUUGUAGCUUCCUGCUUUCAGAUCCGUCCAUCCAUGCCUCGCUGGGUAGCCAGAGCUUCGUCGUCGUCUGAUAAUCACGCCGUUAUAAGCUGGCUAAUGCUUAGAUUCCGUCCGAUUGCGCCGAAGCCUGCCGGCAGUGAAGCGACCUCCGGCUCGUCAGGCCACGAGCGGGGGAACUUGUUAGGUAGGAGGACUAAAAGGAAGUAUGUUAGAGUAAGCGGUCGGAAGAGCAAACAGUGUGUUGUGAGGAAGAAGAAGAAAGUUGAAAGUAAAAUACCGCCGCCGCCGGAGAAUUCGGAAGUUGAAGAUGCGCCGCCGCCACCGGAGAAGGAAGUUGUGACGCUUCAGCUUUUGCCGGAGAGAUCUGACGGUGAGAAUAUUAACAGCGUCGAUAAUCGUCGGAACAGUACCGACGACCACGCCGGCGACGAAGUCAACGGCCGGACGGCGGGAUCCGUGGUGCAGACGUGGAUAAUCGUGGAAAGCGUGACCGGAAAGUUUGAAGGAGGGAGCAGUAGUACCGGAGCAGAGUUAGGGUUUCCGGAUCUGGAGCGGGACACGUGUCCUGCGCUGGUGUCGGAUGGGAACAACAACGUGAUAUGGGUGAACGAAGCGUACAAGCAAAUGGUUGGGGCGACAGAGACCGACACGGCCGUGUCGGUGGGGCUGGUUGUUAAGGAGAACGAGCUGGCGCCGCAUGGGUGCGGUGCGUCGGCGGCAUGGUGCUGCAGGGUGCGCGUAGUGGCGCAGAUCUGCACGGAACACGAGGGGAGCAGUUACGAUAUAAUGAAUAGGAGAGGCGCAUGCGACGUGUGGAGAAUGGUUGGCGCAUUCGCAGGCAUGUUUGCGUGGAGAUUGUUGGACGUCAAUACUGCCCUUACUCUCUCACUGUAGCUGCUGCCGCUGCUGCUGCUGCUGCUGCUGCUUAUCAUCAUCGAUCUCGUAAUUACCUUCAAUUCCGGAUGAAGAAUUUUUCAUCCCCACAACCAGCUUAAUUAAAACUUAGGUUUGCAAUGCAACGAUGGCAUGAAUGGCUGCCGAAGAAGACAGUGCUGCAAAGACAAACAAACAAGCAGCACACCCAAAUAAAAAAGGCUAUAUUUUGUCCCAUAAGGUUUGACUACUGCUACAAAUAUAUAUACAUAUAGUCAGUCUGUAUGGUCGUUAAAAAGAGCUUUAGGAGUGUAGUGUGUGUGUAACAAACUAGUACACACACACACACCAUCUUCAGCACGUAAUAUGUGCUUUGGUUUGGGCUAAUCUCCCCUGUAUAUAAUAAGUACCUCUACUUCAUAUAUUUAUGCAUGCAUCUCUCUAUGCACCGAGGCAGGUGCUGUGUUAUAAGUACCUUUGUCACCAUUUCACCUGUAAGGAUUUGACAAAUGCCAAAUCAGUUGUUGCUAAAGAAACCUCCCUAACAGUAAAAAAAAUUAAAUAUUUAA